AUGGCACAUAAUAGUGGCGAUGAAAUCGUCUUUGAUAGUCUUGCUGACAUUGAUGCGUCGAAGGAAACAUGGAAUAUUCGUGUUCAGGUAAUCAUGCAUUGGAAGCAGACUUACAAAAACAACCCAAACAUGGUGAGCAGCUUUGAUUUUAAUGGACCAGCAGAUUUUAUUGGUCAAGUUGUUUCUACUGAUCCCAUGAGAGUGAUCAUGGACAAAGAAAGUGAAAAAAAGUUAAUGAAUAUGGUUGCUCAAGAUCUAAUUAUUGCUGAUAUGGAUUUGAAUGUUAAGUCAUCCAUUAAUACUUCACAACUUAAUACCGAUACAGUUGUGGCCAAGGAAGAAUAUUACUACCUCCGUUUUCCAAUCAAAAACAUUGAUGAUAUUCCAUAUUACAAUGAGAAUGAUGAUGAUAAUAAUGUUGAACCAUUUACUUAUGAUGGUUGCGGUGGAGUUUCUGAUGUUUACGAAAAAGUGAGAGUCGUAAUUCGUGUUGAAGAUGAAACUGGGUCUUCAUCUUUUGUAUCGUUAGACCGUCAUGUUAAAGAUGUUAUUAACCGCGAUAAUCAGUGGUUGAUGGAAAAGAUAUCAAAGAUGAGUGAUGAUGAAGGGGUAGUUGGUGCCGUUUUUAAAGGUUCACAUGCAUAUGAACAAGACAGUAUUAAUUCUGAUGGUACUCCUAUUAAUAAGUGUUUUAAGGAUAAGAGUGUUUCGAUUGAUGUUGACAAUAUUGAUGUUGUUGAUCUUGAUGCAGUCACACCAACAACUACUUCCAUCAAGCAGCCUAUUGAGAUUGUUACCACCACCGAAUCUUUUGAAUGGUCUUCUUCUAAAGAUGGUGUUGUUGCUCCUAUCUUGAAGAUCCCAAAAAUGGAAAAGAUGGAAUAA